AAGAUGCGUCGUUUGUGAUUUAAUAACGUUUUGCUCAGAAGUUAUUGAUCCCGGAGGUUCGAAUCUGUGAAUGUCUUUCCAACUUAAGGAACGUGGAAACUGGGUCCAAAGUCUGAAACUGGGUCCAAAGUCUAACUAUAAAACUGUACAUUUGCCUGCGUUACAGCCAUGUUAGCUGUCUGUUAGCACGUCUGACAGCACAAUAUAGAAAACACAAGGGACAGUGAAGCAAAUAGUGGACUAUUCAUUUAACUGAAGGAGAGAUGUCCUCCCAAGUCCGACUGAGGCUGCUGCCGAGAGCCAGAUGCAUGUUUGAUGAGCCGGUGAAGGUGAAGGUGGCCGGGCUGAGGGCGAGACAGGUGGUCACCAUGAGAGCCAGAACCACUGAUGACAAGGGACUGGUGUUCAGCUCCUCGGCCACCUACAAGGCUGAUGGGAGCGGGGAGAUCGACCUGGAGAGAGACCCCUCUCUCAGCGGGAGCUACGUCGGGGUUGAACCCAUGGGUCUGCUGUGGUCGAUGAGGGCAGACACCUUGCACAAGAGGUUUAUAAAAACUAAUUCACUGAACCACCAUGUGGUGAAUUUCUCUGUGCACGAGAAGGAGGGUGAGGGAAGGAUGCUGGCAGAGGAGACCAAUGAGAGGCUUCUGAUUGGAGACGGAGUCAACCGGCUCCCCAUCAAAGAGGGGAAUAUCCGUGGAAUUCUGUUCACUCCCCCAGGAAGAGGUCCAUUCCCUGCCCUGUUGGAUCUGUACACCUUUGGUGGAGGUUUGUCAGAGAAAAGGGCCUCUCUGCUGGCCAACCGUGGAUUUGUGGUUCUGACUGUAGCACUGUACGGUCAUGAUGACAUGGCGCGGAACAUCAAAGAGGUCCAUCUGGAUUAUUUCGAAGAAGCUAUAGAGUUUUUAAAAAAACAAGAUAAGGUGGGCAGUAAAGGAGUUGGGUUACUAUCCCUUUCAAAAAGCGGAGAUCUUGCACUAUCAAUAGCCUCUUACCUGCCAGGUGUUGAGGCCACAGUGUGGAUUAACGGCUGCUGUGCCAAUACACUUUUACCCCUCUACCAUAAGAAGAGCCAAAUCCUCCCUGCGUUAAUGAUGGACAUCAGCAAGAUGGUUCCCACUGAGUCAGGGGCCUUUAUUGGCAAGAACGUUAUGCAUAAUCCGCUGGCAGAGGAGAACAAGGCCACCCUGGUCCCCAUUGAACAAGCCAAGGGACGUUUCCUCUUUGUGGCUUCAGAGGACGACCUCAACUGGGACAGCAAGGCUUACGUGGACCAGAUGGUGGAGAGACUGCAGCGUCAUGGGAAGGACAACUUUGAGAGUGUGUCUUACCCUGCAGCAGGACAUUACCUAGAGCCGCCAUACGGACCCUACUGCCCCUCCAGUUUUCAUGGGGUUGUAGGCAAGCCAGUCCUGUGGGGGGGUGAGCCCAGGUCCCAUGCAGCAGCUGAAGUCCACCUGUGGAAGAAGAUCCAGGAGUUCUUCAGAACUCACCUGAGCUGUGAUUUUACACAGACUAAUGCCAAAUUAUAGAUACAAAUAUCAUGAUUAGAAGACAUGAACAGAUAAAUCACCAGCCAGUUAAAGGUGGAGUCUGCGAUUCUGGAGAAACAUUGUUGAUAUUUGAACUUAACAUGCUAACAAAUACACCCCUCCUGUCAGUGCUCAUUCAUAAUGUUAGCAUGUGUCAAAUUUACCAUCUCCCUCACACUGCCUUUCUCUUUAUAUAUCCAUGGCCAUCCCCUGUCCUGUGCACAAAUCCAAGGAAAUAGUGUUGUGUGGCUCGGUCCGAGCCACUUUAUUAGUUUCCCAUUUACAGAGCUGGGCAGUAUAUGAACACUGUUUUCUUAGCGCACACAGAAUGGACAGGGAAUGACUCCACUGGCUCCAAAAAAAGUAUGUUUCUAUAGAAGUAUAUGAAAAAAAUGACCCAUUAUCUGCCUUAAUUUAUUACCUCAGUAAACAUUUCCAUAAUGAGUUUAUCUCCCCUCUUUUUGCCACAGAUGAAAUGUGAUUUUAAUGGAAGGUAAUGAGGCAUUUUUGGUCAUGAAGGUGUCCAGAGGGAGUAUCUGGCACUACAUAAAAAAUACUAAUGCAAUCAAAUCAAUUUUGUUGCUAAUCUUUGACAUAUCCAGACUGUAAUCACAACCAAAGCCCCAUCCCCCUAUUAUCUAUUAUAUGGAAAAUAUUUUUUUUGUGUUU